AUGGACGCAGUCAGUUUUACGUCAAAGAACAGCGAGUUCCCUAAGAAGAAGUGCGGUGUGCUCGGCGCCACGGGCUCCGUCGGCCAGCGCUUCAUGCUGCUGUUGCAGCUUCACCCACACUUCGUCCUGCACGCUGUUGGUGCUUCUGAGCGCUCAGCCGGCAAGAAGUACAGGGAUGCCGUCAAGUGGAAGCAGGCGCUGCCUUUCUCGGACCGCAUUGGCGACUUGAUCGUAAAGAAGUGCACAGCAGAGGAGUUUGCAGAUUGCGACUUGGUCUUCUCUGGGCUCGACAGUGAUGUCGCGGGCGAAGUCGAGAUGUCCUUCCUGAAGGCCAACCUCGCCGUCUUCUCCAACGCAAAGAACUACCGCCGCGACCCUCUUGUUCCCCUCGUCGUCCCCACCGUCAACCUCGCACAUCUUGACGUGAUCAAGCAUCAGAGAGAACACCACAAGCUGCAGAAGGGCUUCCUUGUCUGCAACUCGAACUGUGCCGUCAUCGGAAUUGUUAUUCCCUUCGCAGCGCUCGAGAGAUUCGGUCCUAUUGACCAAGUCUCCGUCGUCACAAUGCAGGCUGUGUCUGGUGCAGGAUACCCGGGUGUGAGCAGUAUGGACAUUAUCGACAACGUCGUGCCUUUCAUUUCGGGCGAGGAGGACAAGCUUGAGUCCGAGGCAUCCAAGAUUCUGGGUAGCGUCAACGACGAAGUCACUGGGUUUGUCGACAGGCCCAUGAAGAUCUCUGCGGCGUGCAAUCGCGUGCCUGUACUCGAUGGACACACAGCAUGCGUCUCGCUGCGCUUCCAGCGCCGCCCAGCGCCGAGCGCGGAGGAAGUCAAGCAGGCGAUGCGCGAGUAUGUGUCCGAGGUGCAAAAGCUGGGUGCUCCCUCAGCGCCUGAGAAGGCUAUUGUGGUCAUGGAACAGCCAGACAGGCCUCAGCCUAGGUUGGACAGGGAGACAGAUCGGGGAUACGCCGUCAGUGUCGGUCGUGUGCGCGAGGAUGAGUCGGGUAUCUUCGACAUCAAGUUCGUUGCACUCAGUCACAACACUGUAAUCGGCGCCGCUGGCUCGUCGAUCUUGAAUGCAGAGGCUGCAGUUCUGAAGGGCUUUGCUUAG